GUUAGUCAUGUGACUCGUUUCCUGCCAAAGCAGUAAAUAUAGCAAGCGAGCUAGCACUACAGGCUAUAUUUGGCUACAGUUUGUAUUGGCAGAAUAGACAUGUUUUAUCAUUCUCUAUUUCAUUUAGCCAGUUAGUCCAGCGUCUGUUGGGGGUGUGUGUGUGGGGUGCGUUUCCGUGUGCUGCGUUUCGAUAAGCGAUGAACCGACAGCUUGACUUUGUGUUGUAAGGGAGGCUCGUCCACCUAAUCAAAGCUGUGGUGACUUAGCUUUGCUAGCUUCACAGGUUAGUUUAACGCUAGCAAGCUGAGUUAGCAUCUUAAGGAGGUUCCGUUGCUAGUGACUAUGCAAGGGGAAAGCACGGCUAUACGAAUCGCUGAAAACGAAGGCAAGCUGGAUGUAUUGCCCCAGAACAAGACUCCAAACUUGGGGAGAGCAAGUGCCAAAGGCUGGCAGUAUAGUGACCACAUGGAGAAUAUUGAUGGCUACUUGAUGAAAUACACCAACCUUGUAACAGGGUGGCAAUACAGGUUCUUUGUCUUAAACAAUGAGGCGGGCUUGCUGGAGUACUUUGUCAACGAGCAGUCGCGGCCCCAGAAGCCCCGCGGUAUGCUCCCCCUGGCAGGGGCCGUGAUCUCCCCCAGCGACGAGGACUCUCAUACCUUCACUGUCAACGCCAUCAGCGGGGAGCAGUACAAGCUCAGGGCCACCGAUGCCAAAGAGAGACAGCACUGGGUGAGCAGACUACAGAUCUGCACACAGCACCACACAGAGGCCAUGGGGAAGAGUAAUCCCCCACCCAAGUCCCGGAGCUACUCUAUGGCGUCUCAAGGCAGCGGCAGCUCACCCAUGUCCCUGCGCCGGCCCAGCCAAAACCCUGCCGCCUUAUUCAGCUGGUCACAGGUCAACAAGGGCUCGUCCCUCUACUCCAGCAAGAGGUCCCUGCUGCCAGACCACCUGAUGGACGCCAGAGAGAUGAUGACCCAGGCACAGGGCCAACACAGAGACCUGAUCCAGAGCAUUGAGGGCCUGCCUGCAGCCCCUGGCAUCUGCCCUCUAGACCAGGACCUGUUAAUGCUCAAGGCCACUUCCAUGGCCACCAUGAACUGCCUCAACGAGUGCCUGCAAAUCCUGCACCUGCAGCAGGUGGCCAGGCAGAGAGGCUCCCUGGGAGGACCCACUAUCGAGUGGUUGGAGCCCAAGCUGCCCGACCUCCUGAAGAACGGCAGCAGCUCGCUGGGCAGCUUCACGACAAGGGAGGGCGCGCUGGAGGGGAGCCAUCUGGAGCUCAGCAGCCCAGAGUCCUGCAGCUUUUCUGGGGAACAGGAAGACAUUGAUGCGGAGGAUGAGGCGGAGGACUCGUUCACCGACAAGGAGGAGGACCUGGGUGCUGUGGAGGAGGAGCGCAGCGUCAUCCUACACCUGCUGUCCCAGCUGAAGCUGGGCAUGGACCUCACGCGGGUGGUCCUCCCCACCUUCAUCCUGGAGAAGCGCUCCCUGCUGGAGAUGUACGCUGAUUUCAUGUCCCACCCGGACCUCUUUGUGGCCAUCACCGACGGCAGCAGCCCCGAGGACCGCAUGGUCCGCUUUGUGGAGUACUACCUCACCUCCUUCCACGAGGGCCGCAAGGGGGCCAUUGCCAAGAAGCCCUACAACCCCAUCAUCGGCGAGACCUUCCACUGCUCCUGGAAGGUACCCAAGACACCGGAGGCCCCCAAGGAGCCCUCACAGGGAAGCCCCGACCUGGCCGCCACCCAGGAGACCUACCAAGUGCGCUUUGUGGCGGAGCAGGUGUCCCACCACCCGCCUGUGUCUGGCUUCUAUGCCGAAUGCCAGGAAAGGCAAAUCUGUGUGAACACGCAUGUGUGGACCAAGAGCAAGUUCAUGGGAAUGUCCAUUGGCGUAUCCAUGAUAGGGGAAGGCUGUCUAUAUCUGCUGGAGCACGAUGAAGAGUACACUUUCACGCUGCCGUGUGCAUAUGCCCGCUCCAUCCUCACUGUUCCCUGGGUGGAACUGGGCGGCAAAAUCAACAUCAACUGCACUAAAUCGGGCUACUCGGCCAUCCUCACUUUCCAGACUAAACCAUUUUACGGUGGCAAAUUACACAAGAUAACGGGAGAGGUGAAGCACAACUCCACCAACGCGGUGGUGUGUCGCGUGCAGGGCGAGUGGAACGGUGUUCUGGAGUUCAGCUACACCAGCGGAGAGACGAGGGUGGUCGACGUCACCAAGCUGCCUGUUACCAAGAAAAGCGUUCGGCCGAUUGAGAAGCAGGGACCAACUGAAUCCAGGCGCCUGUGGCAGCAUGUGACCGAGUCCUUACGGCAGAAGGACAUUGAAAAAGCCACGGAGCACAAAAGGUUUCUGGAGGAAAGGCAGAGGACGGAGGAGAGGCACCGGGCUGAGAGUGAAACCGCUUGGAGGACCAGAUACUUUGACAGAGAGGGUGAAGGCUGGGUCUAUCACAAACCACUUUGGAAAAACUCUGCAUUCAAAACCUAGUUUCUUCAGUCUGUAUCUCUGUGUGUGUGUGUGUGUGUGUGUGUGUGUGUGUGUGUGUGUGUGUGUG